AAAUCAGCCAUAUUGUUAAAAGUAUUGAAAAUACGCAGUACAGCUUCCAUGAGAACUACGCAUUUCUCUCCGCGAUCGCGGAUGUGUCACAUAACCAACGUCGCCGAUCCCGAGCGAUAAUGUUUAUAAAUAUUGAGAUUUGACAUAUGAGCCAGCAGUAACUCUUCGCGAAAAUCGUUCUACUCCCGGUGAUGCCCGCACGAUACACUUCGGAGCGAUGCUGUUAAUGUGAUACAUCGACGCCAAAGAAAAUCGGACGUCGAAAAAAAAUGACAACUGGCCAGAGUGGACACGAUCAUUCUCUCGCUAUCAGACAGGAAAUACAACGUUUUGAAAGCGUUCACCCAUCGAUAUAUGCCAUUUAUGAUUUGAUAGAGGUCGUGCCUGACGCGCACAUCGCUAAACAAAUUCGCGAGCAUGUUGUAGCAAUAGAGGAUUCCUUCGUCAACAGCCAUGAAUGGACAUUGGCAAGAGAUGUUCCAGAAUUGCAUCUGGGGAUCAUUGGUUCCUCAGACUCAGGAAAGUCAGCUUUGGUUCACAGGUAUCUUACAGGAUCCUUCAUGCAUGAAGAAUCACCGGAAGGUGGUCGUUUUAAAAAGGAAAUCUUUAUAAAUGAUCAGAGUUACCUUCUCUUAAUAAGGGAUGAAGGUGGCGUGCCAGAGGCUCAAUUUUCAGCUUGGAUAGAUGCUCUAUUACUUGUAUUCAGCUUAGAAAAUGAAGAAAGUUUCUCUAUAGUUUGCAGUUUUUACAAUAGAAUGUGUUCUUUUCGGAAUAUGUCAGAAGUACCAAAAAUACUUGUAGGCGUACAAGAUUCGAUUAAUGACAGCAAUCCUCGUGUCAUAAAGGAUGUCAGACCACGGAAACUAGCUUGUGAUUUAAGAUGUCCUUAUUAUGAAACAUGUGCUAUUUAUGGUUUAAACGUUGAGAGAGUAUUUCAAGAUGUGUGUCAAAAAAUCAUACAGAACAUAUCGAUAAAAAAUUUUUCAUGCGAUGUGUGUCAACAUGCUACGGAGAAUGAAGUUAAAUUUGCAGUUCCUGCUAUUAUUAAAAACGUGCAACUUCAUAACAAAGAUACAGAGACCACAAAUUCAUUGAAAGUAAACGUUUCAGAAAAAGACGAGGAUUGUCGAUCCAUUCAUAAUAGUUCUAUGACAAAUGAUUCGUCAUUGCUGAACGAUAAUUUUCAUAACGUACAAAAUCAACAUGGAGAAUUACGUUCGUCAAUCUUGACACCAACAACUAUCAGAAAAUUUAGAAGAAAAUCGAACAUAUUUACACCUUCCAAGAAAGAGAAAUAUAUGGGCGAAAUGGGUGUUGGUAGAGAAAUACCAGUAAAACAAGGUUAUUUAUUCAAACGAAGUAGUAAGUCAUUGAAAGAAUGGAAGAAGAAAUACGUAACGUUAUUAGAGGAUGGACGUUUGACUUAUCAUUCGAGCUUACAUGAUUACAUGAACGAUACUAAUGGCAAAGAAAUACUUUUGCAAUAUGUUACUGUGAAAGUACCUGGUAAAACACCAAAAGGUUCCAAAUCAUACAAUGCUCAAGAAGAUAGUUUCGAAUUUUCCAUUAUUUCCUUGGAGAACAAAACUUGGCAUUUCGAAGCAAACAAUGCUGAAGAGAGGGACAGCUGGAUUACUGCAAUAGAACAGCAAAUACUAUCGAGCUUACAAAAUAGUGAUGGUGAUAAAAAAAACGAAACUGAUGCUUUCAAGAUGCAUUGCAUAAAGAACAAAGUUUCGGGGAAUGAUACAUGCGUUGACUGUGGUGCACCGAAUCCCGAUUGGGCUAGCCUUAAUCUGGGUGUUUUGAUGUGCAUCGAAUGCUCCGGUAUUCACAGAAAUUUAGGUUCGCACAUAUCUAAGGUACGGUCUUUGGAUUUGGAUGACUGGUCCGCAGGUCACUUAAGCGUCAUGCUGGCCCUCGGUAACGAUAUAGCCAAUAGUAUCUGGGAGUAUUGUUUGAACGGAAAACAAAAACCUAUCUCGGAUUCAUCCAGGGAAGAAAAGGAGCAGUGGAUCAGAUGGAAAUAUGAAGAUAAACUCUUUUUGCCACCGAUCAACCCGAACAUCUCUUUAGGAAAAUUACUCAUUGAUUCGGUUUGUCGGGGAGACAUGAGAGCGUUUACAUUAUGUUUGGCUCGCUGUAAUUACGAAGACAUUAAUAUUUCGGUCAGUACGGAAGAUCUGCGAACGCCGUUACAUCUGGCAUGCGCAACCGGGAAUUUGGCAAUGGCACAACUUUUAAUAUGGCAUAAGGCGAAUCCGCAGAAUUUGGAUCAUGAAGGACGAACUUGCAUGUCGUACGUGCGAGCUUUGGAACGAACACUCGAUAAUUCGUCUGAUUCUAUGGAAAUGCAGAAAUUACUCGAAGUAUUGGAACAAGCCAGUGUCUCCGGGAUGGACGACGUAGACACAUCUCAGUAUUAAAGUUAAAAAAAAAA